AUAAACAAUCGUAUAAUAGACCAUCAGCAGCACGUCACGAAUGAGAAGUAUUACUCGGGGUAUCAACCUGUUACCUGCCAUACUUCCGGCACAUCUGUCUCCUGCAGAAGAGCAUCCACUGAGACUCAAGAGUUCUACAGGUUCCCUGGACUUAGGGCUACAGGGUACAGCACAGCAGCAUGCUGAAACCGUUAAAAGACCUGCUUACCUAUUUGCAAAGAAAUGCUAACAGUUCAAACAUAUUCGGGUUAACAACACAAGCAACUACCACCAUAAUGGGACCAAACGAAAAUCCCAGAAUCGACGAAGCGAUGAUUGAAAACGAUGAGCUGGCAAUAGAGGACGGUGAUCCAUUGAACGAUCCGCUCGCUUUGGACGAUUAUUCAGGCACGGAGUUGAACGUGUCCAGCGCAAGUCUUACCAGUGAGGACGACGAUGGUCUCUCGUCUGGCAAGAUAAUCCUAGUCGACGUGACUACACUAAAGCCCAAAGAACAUCAGGAUGAGAUUGAAACGGAUGAUGUGGAAGAGCUCAUACCAAGAGUUCAAAUUCAAGCGGUGGAUCUAGAGAAUGAGGAAGAACCAAGUGCGGACUUGUCAAACGGAUCCGUUGAGGUGAUUGAGUUGGAGGAAGUAGAGGAGGAUGGUACCGGCGAGAGUAGUGCUGAUAAAAUUGUUACACAGACAGACGCUGAGAGUGUGCGGUCGAACAACUGCAGCAAGCUUAAUUCGUACACAAUCGUCACGAACGGUGUAAGGGUGGCGUCUCCUUUGCCGGAUGAUGACGUUGAAGAAGGCGCACUUGGUGAGAAAAAUGUUCUGGUUGAAAACUUUACCGAUGAUGUCUCGCAACCGAGGCCUGUCGAGAGAACGGCCGAACAAAUGCAGACCGCCAAUGAAGGUGAAGAGGAAGAAGAAGCAAGUGAUGGAUCGGAUUCUGGAUUGGGAUUGGAACCGUCGCGUAGUGUGGCUCCAUGCGGCACCAGUACCACCAGCAGUGGCAGUAAUAGUAGUAGCAAUAGUCCACUGCAGCGACCACCAAUAAAAAGCAGUCUAAAGCGACGCUCGGAACCACUGGACACUAGUGCGUCCGUGCAGCAGGAAAAUGAGGACGGAGUUAGUAGUCAGAAAAGGCCCAAAAAGGGCAUCACCUUCGAAGGUGUGACGGUGUAUUACUUUCCUCGUAUUCAAGGCUUUGGCUGUGUCCCUUCGCAGGGUGGUUGUACAUUGGGCAUGGAAUUUCAGCAUGUUCACUCUAGGCGAUUAACACUUUCGGAGCAUUCCGCCGAACAGCGGAAGGUGCAUCGACAGCAAAAUCAGGAGCUAAACCCUCGCAGUUCCUCCAGCGAAGAUACGAGCAGUGAGGAAGAGCCUAGUGAGAGCGGUUCCGAGGCAGAAAGUGAAUCGUACGGGUUUUUGCAACCAGUUUCAACUCGGCAACGGCGAGCACUAUUAAAAGCGGCAGGUGUGCGUAAGAUCGAUCCGACAGAGAAGGACGACUGUCGUGAGAUACGUACGUCGCGUGAAGUUUGUGGUUGUACGUGCCGGGGUUAUUGUGAUCCGAGCCGAUGUGCGUGCAGCUUGGCCGGUAUCAAAUGUCAGGUGGAUCGACCCAACUUUCCCUGUGGCUGUACACUGGAGGGUUGUGCGAAUACGGCCGGGCGUGUCGAGUUUAAUCCGGGGCGCGUUCGGACCCACUUUUUGCACACCAUUAUGAAGUUAAGGAUGGAGGGAGAUGAUGGGAAAGCUUUGGAAGCAGGAAGUGGAGGUGCAUUGAUGCCCCGGACGAGUAGUAAUGCAACUGCGAGUGAUACAAAUGACAGUGGUUAUGUGAUAGGUAGUGAAAAAAAUUGGUCCAAUGGUCCUGUACGAUUACCACCGAGUAUGGUUGGUACUUACGCGACAGGAAUUCAUCCAGGUCCUUCCACGACGAGUAACGAAAUGGUUGAUGGGAUCGGGUCAAUGCAUCCAGUGCCGAGUAUGGUUCAUCAUCAUUCGCAUCUCGCACAUCACCAGCCACUGAUGGACGGUUUACACCUGCAACCGUCGCAUCUGCAUCAUCUAUCCCAUCAAGCCUCGCCGUAUGUCAACCACCACGGAACAGAUCCUUCGCUCCAGAACUAUUUGGUUGCGUCGUCCUCAAACGCCUCGCAUCUACACGGUGGUUCUGUCGUACCAUCAGCAGUCUCAGCAUCGGACCCGACACAAGAUCUACACUAUCCUUUCCGAGAUUAUUACGGAGGGCUUGAAGGAGCAGCUUCAGGAGGCGAAAGCACCCAUCCACCGGGAAUGCCACUGCAUCAGCUCCCUUCUUGCGCCAAUGCUACCGAACCGCCUUCGUCGCUUCACGCUGACAUGUAUUAUAGAGGGAACUAUAGCAGUUUCGUGGAUGGCAGAGCUAGUACAACGGCAAAUCUGGACGCUUACCGGCAAGAAUCAAUGGUGCCCUUACACAUACCCAACACUGGGCACGAUCGGUUGCUACCGGGUGCGUCAAAUUCCUUCGCAAGCCACCCUGACCAACACACGACGCCAGGCAACUUGCCAAGUUUGCGACCGCAAGAACCAGACUGUGCCAACGAACCGUGUGUGUCCAGCGUGCCGAAAGUGCCUCAACCAGUCGUUAGUAGUAAAGAGUCCACAACAACCACGGCUAUAGUAUCGCUCAGUAAUGCACCUGCACAAGAUGCGAUGAUUCAAUCUUUUUCAUCAGUGCCACUCACGGUCUCCACUACAGAAAGUUGUGAUCUCAACGUAACUGUCAUCAGUGACAAUUCUCUCAGCCCAAACGAGCUAGAUACGAGCGGAGAGGUGACGUUCGUAGAGUGUGACGAUAGGCCUAGAAACGGUAGUGUGAUCAUUGAUGAUGAGGAUGAUGAUGUUGAAGAAGUGAGUUUUUCGAGGCGUAAAGACAGGAACAAGAACAAUUCUCGAGUGAGCAGUUUCAUCGAUCUAACCGCACCGCAGGCCGAUAACACUGGGCGUCUGGAAGCCAUUAAUGAUUUACUAGAAAACAGUCGAAACGCGCUCAGCAUCGUGCGUCGAUCGAUUAUAGCGGAGGAGGAUGACGAGUUGCGCGAUUUUCAACAUCCUCCAGUGGAACCACCGAUCGCCAUAAUCCAUGUCGACGAUGAUGAUGACGAUGUUGAUGAGACCCAGGAUUGCAUAUUGAGCAGUGCUCUAUUGCCGGAACGAUCGAGACGAUAUGGCGAUGGCGGCCAGACAUUAGUACAAAGUCCUGCCAUUUUGGCGCGACCAGUUACGAAUGGCACCAUCGGGAAUGGUCACGAACGGCAGCAGCAGAAGCGGAAGCGAUGUUCCAUCUCGAUUGGAGAAGAAUCCGAUGCGUCGUUUCGGAAGAUGUUACAAAAUGGUUCUGCAGCUCCACUAGUGACGGAAGAGCUUGUGCCUACGGUUUCUAGUUCGUCAGGUUUGAUGUCCGCUUCCGUAAACUCAUCGGGUGCGGUUGCGACCCUGGAGCCUACUGAAAAUCUAUGUGAAAUUAUUAAAAACAGUAUCGUCGAAACGGCCGUGUCACAUUGA